CCACAGCCACCAUGCCUUUGCGCCCGCCAGGCUCCCCGCGCCCGCGCCGCGCCUGACUGCCUGCUGCGCCAUGGCUGCGCCCCAGAACUGUGACAGGGGCCGAGUGGCCUCCACCCUCCGCUACUGCAUGAUGGUCAGCGGCACGGUGGCUCUGGUGGCUGGGACACUCUGCUUUGCUUGGUGGAGUGAAGGGGAUACCGGUGGUCAAGCCAGCCAGCCGGCUCCAUCCACUGGGCACCCCAUGCCCGAGUCCCCCAGACCUGUGCUGAGGUCCAUCAGCUUCUUCUGUUGUGGGGCAGGUAGCUUGCUGCUACUCCUUGGCCUGCUGUGGUCCUUCAAGGCUAGCAUCUGGGGGCGACCCCAAGAAGACCCGUAUCACCUCUCCAGAGACCUGUACUACCUCGCCGAGGAGCCCUCAGAGAAGGAGAGCAGCAGGACCCCAAAACUGGUUGCCAUCCCCACUUACGAGGAGGCUGUGCACUGCCCACUGGUUGAGGGGCCCCAGGCACCUCCUGCAUACCCUGAGGAGGAAGACCUGCUGCUCAGUGCCUCCUGGGCCGCCCUGCUUGGGACACAGCCCGCCCCACCUCCACCCAGCUAUGAGUGCGUCAUCCGUGCUGCCGAAGCCAUCCCUGGAGAGACAGUAUCUGGCGCUGCCCGGCCGGUUCAGGCCACAGCAGGAGGAAGUUAAAGGUUCCCACCAGGCUUUGAAUCCAGAGACAAAUCCUGAGCUUCUUCUAGGGACCAAUACAGUGCCUGGUUCACAGUAUGCACUCAGCGGAUGUUUGUCUCUCAGUGCAGUUUUACUUAUCCAUUGCUGUGUAACAAAUGGCUUAAAAUAAAUCCAUUUUGUUAU